AUGACUGGACCCGUAGAGCUUCUUCUCUAUAACGACAAGAUCACAAGUGUCAAAGGCCUUAACUUCAUUUUCGAUAGUGGAAGCAAAAACGGUACUUAUGCUGGUGAUAUACGUAAAGAUUUGAAGGGUACGGCUUUGAUGGACACAAAAGAAGAUAAAAGCUUACCUGUCUGUUGGAAAGACAAAAAGCCUUUGGAAUCAUUAUAUGAUGUGAAGAAAUACUUCAAGACCAUUACUUUAAGAUUUGGGAGUGAUCAAAAGAAAGGUCAGCUGUUUCAGGUUCCACCUGAGUCAUAUCUCAUUACCACUGAAGAAGGAAGCGUAUGUUUGGGGAUUUUAAAUGGAGCUGAGAUCGGGCUCGAUGACUACAACAUCAUUGGAGACAUAUUAUUCCAAGGGAUAAUAGUGAUCUACGACAAUGAGAAGCAGAGGAUUGGAUGGAUUCCUUCAGACUGUGACGUGCUUCCCAAUGUGAAUCAAGACCAUGGAGGAGAUUUGUCGAAGGAGGAGGCCUCCUAUCCAAUUCCAAGAGGCUUUGGUUUGAUAAGAUGGCUUUUCAACCGGGGCUUCUAG